AUGGCAGCUUCACAUGCCGAAGCAGUUAGGGAAACGUGUCAGGAAGAGCGGGAGGAUGGUUCGGCGGUCCGUCUCAGUCUCAGUCCAAGGUCUGUGGCGCGCCUGGGGCUCCCCGAUCCCGCCGGCCGAGCGGGCUCCUAUUUAACCUGGCCGCGGAGCUGGGCCGCCACUGACUCUCUGUGCCGCGGUGGUGGAACCAGUGCUGAUCGACGCACCGAUACUUGGAACACUAUGCUUAGACUGCUGAUGGUGUGCGGCUGUCUGGCGGCCUGCCUGGCUGCUCCGCAGAGACAGCAGUUCGCUCAGCAGCAGCAGCAGUUCGCUCAGCAGCAGCAGCAGCAGUUCCGGCCGACCGCGAGGCCCUCCACCACCACCCCCGUGCCGAUCCUGCGUCAGAUCUCCAACUCCAACGAGGACGGAUCCUACACUUACGGCUACGAAGCCGCCGACGGCUCCUUCAAGCUGGAGACGCGCAAAGCCAACGGCGAGGUGUUCGGCAAGUACGGCUACAUCGACGCCCAGGGCGAGCUGAUCACCAUCGAGUACGGCGCCAAUCAGCAUGGCUUCCAGCCGUCCGGCAAGGGCAUCACCGUUGCGCCGCCCACCCUCGUCGAUGAGUCCAGCAAGGACUACGACUACAUCGACGAGGAGCCCGUGGCGCCGGUGCGCAGCCAGAGCCGCCCUGCCGCCCCCGCCCCCGCCCGCGCCCCGGUCCGUGCCGCCGCCCCGGCGCCCGCGCCCGUCUCCGUGGCCCGGCCGGUCGCCCAGCCGAUUGCCAAGGAGGAGUUCGACAGCAGGUUUGCCGAUUUCGACGCCAGGAUCGCCAGGCUCUUCAGCCGUGCUUAAGUGAUUAUCUAUGUUUUGCUUCUGAGAAGUGUCAUUUUCAUUUAUUUCGCUGACAAUAUAUCAUGAUGUUUAAAAAGUCA